AUGGCUACGAGAUCGAAUUUCAAGCGGGUGCUGCCCCAGGCGCAGCCAACUGUCCUGGCCCCCCUGCGCACCACUCAGAUGGUGGAUGAGUCGAAAGCUAUUCUGCCGGCAGAACUCAUCAACACAAUCCUCGACUACCUCCCGAUAGCCGACAUGUUCACGUUUGCCCGGACCUCGAAGCGCAUGCAGGAAAUGGUCUACGAUGAUACUCGGUGGAUACAAAGACUGAAAAGCAUGGACUGCUGGAACGAUGUCGAGGCAAAACAACGGUUCGAAGAGGCUAUGCGCCGGAAACUUGAGGCCCAAAGAGCGGAAGAAGCGCAACGAACGGGCGUACCGCUACAGGGGGGUGGUGCUGGACUCGGGAUAGGCGGAAUCGAACAACCUCGUGGCAGCAUGACACUUUUCGAUGCAGACGAAGAUAUACAACGGCGGUCACUGGAGCAAAAGGGCAGAGGAAGAUCAUCGACACUCGACAAAGGUUUCAAUGACAUGACGUUAACGCCCACGUUUACAGCAGCGCCAGAAAGAUCACCGAUGAUCGACCCACAAGCUGCGUUAAAGGUCAUAUCAGGUGUACGCUCCAUCAGAGGCAGAGCACGUCAGGAAUACGGGAAAGUGUACGGAGCGCUGGCACCAUACUACUUUGAUUUGGCACGAUCAAGGAGUCACACAGACCCUGUUCUGUUCCGCACAUAUCGCGAUCCGGAACAGCAGGCACAAAUGCUUGCGCAAUUGAAAAUAUUUGCGAAGAGCGAUUUCGCGCAGGGCUGGGGUCAGCGCGAGGAGAAACUAGAUACCAUGACCGGCAUGUUCGAGAAUGCCGUGCUGAGGGAGUUCGAAACUGGUUGUGAAGAGAAAGACUACGAUGGCCGCAUGAAAAGAUUCGCGUCCGUCCUCUUCCACCUGAACGGUGGUGCUGCAUGUCUGGAUUCGUUCAUCCACAACCAUCCAAUGAUGCUGGAUAAGGAGAAGCUAGGCAGUCCCAGAGACUGUCUACCUGGGCUGAACUCAAGCCAACUUACGUUGGAGCCAUCACGCGAGUUCUUCCAUGGGUUGGCAAUCGCGAUGAACAACGAAACAGCCAUCAUCGAUCGUGUCUUCCCACCCACCUUUGACGUACUCCAACCGUUCUUAGAGCGCGUGGCUGAAGACAUCAUAUCUGAAUACAUCACAUCGCUCUUCGAUGAAGCGCACGAUGUUAGCACCGAUGUGUACCUCAAAGCCGUAGCAGGCGUAUUCGACCAAGCAUCACAACUUGCCAUUUCACUAAAGCCAACGAAGGGCUCGAAGGCUGACUUCCAGGAAGAGGCAGUUCGUAUCAUUUCACGAUGCUUUGAGCAGCAUAUCGAUCUGUACCUGCAGGAGGAGCUGGACUUCUUCAAACGAAAGUCGGUUGAGCAGGUCGAGGCGUGGGAGAAGCGGCUGACUGAAGAGGAGCAAACAACGGAGACGUUCUACAUGUCUAACGUCAAUCGCAAGGCGGCUAAGCAGGAUUUCCUCUCGUCCUUCAAAAAGGUCGUAAUGAUGCCCGUCAAUGUCCUCCCAACCAUCGGUGGCUCUGGAUCUAGGAAUUCAGUAGUUGCUGCACCUGCAGUCAACGGUAGUGGAGGGUUAGACACACCGACAAGAUCGGAUACACCCUCUGGCGAUGGCACACGCUCGCUAGGGCUGCAAGCACCCACGACCGAGCUCGCAGCGAAGGCAGCGAUUAUGAACUCUCGCCUUGAAGGUAUUCGAACGCUCUUCAGUAUCGAAGUGGCCCUCGACUUGACACACAAGGCAAAGUCUAGUCUUGAACGAGCGGCCCGGUUCGUCAGACUUGGUGGACAGUCUGGUGAGGAAGCAAAAGAGCAGUGCGAACAGAUCUUCAUCUUCCUUGUGCAGAUCCUCGGCAAUCGGCAUAUGAAGCUAGGCUUCGAUAAGGCUGUCGGCCAUCUGGCUGACUAUAAGCCUCGCGAAGUAGCGGAUCAUAGCAAGGAAGGCGUGGCACCGCUGGUGGCAUUCCUGGAGCUUGUUAACGUUGGUGACUUGAUCCAGCAGAUGGUGGAGGUAUUCUAUCUACAGGAGCUGGUCGCCGCCAAUCUUACCGAUCGCGAUGACUUCCUCAGUCUUGCAGCGAAAGAGAAAAAGAAGUUCGAGCAAAUGCUUGACGAGCGUGUUGCUGCAGGAUUGAACAAGGGCAUUGACGUGCUCAUGGAUGAAGUGGAAUAUCUUUGUGGCACCCUGCAGCAACCGUCUGACUUCAAUCCUCCAGUUGGACCCAAUGGGAUAGCACAGUUGGCAGACAUUGGACCUAGCGAGACAGCGAAAAGGGUAGUUGACAUGGUGUCGUCGCACACAAGCAUGUUGGUUGGUAGCACAGACAAGAACGUGCUCGACGUCUUCAACCAGGAAGUCGGAGUGCGGUUGUUCACUGCGAUCUGCAAGCACCUCAAGCGACAACGAGUGAGUGUCGAUGGUGCCAUUGUGCUGAUCAGUGACAUGAAUGCGUAUAACGCCUACAUCGUCUCGCUACGCAAUAAACCACUCAUGCAGUACUUUGCUGCUCUUCGUGAGCUUUCGCAGAUUUAUCUAAUUGCGCCAAAAGAGGCAAAAGAAAUCGCGACUAUUAUAGCGGACACGGAUCGUUACCAUGGUAUCUUCAGGGCAGAGGAGGUAUAUGAGUAUGCGGAAAGAAGAGCCGAUUGGUAUCAGAUCAAGAGCGCAGUUGAGAAGCAGAUGUAUGGUGUUGGCUGUUGGGUCAUGUAA